CCAAAUAUCCCGCCGCUUCCUCAAUAAUUUGAUGCUCUUUCUGUAUCGGUUAGGCAUUUUGGCGGAGAGAUUUCUGAGAAGAAAAAAGCCAAAUGCAAAUGCAAGGCCAUCUUCCUCAUCCAGCUACGCCGAUCUCCGACGUCUUGGCGCCCAAGCGCGGCGGCAAGAAGCGUGGGAGCUAUAACUGUGGCCGGUGCGGUGCUCCCAAGAAGGGCCACGUUUGUCACUUCUCCAAGGACAAGGAUUCCUCCCUCUCCGUCUCCGUCUCCGUUUCCAACUCUCCGGCCAUCGGUGACUGCUCGUCGUCAGCUUCACCUUCCCCUCUCCCCGCUGUCGUGUAUCCUCAGACGCGCCAGCCUUGCUCCCGCCUCCCUCGAGCUCUGUCGUUCGACGAUUUUGACCUAGGUGACUUGGCCGGAUCGGAAGACGAAGGGGACGAUGGAUUUCCCGAUCUAGGCGGGUCAGGGAAACUGCCGUGUGCUUGUCUUUGGGAGGUGCUCAAGAGGCUGCCGCCGCCGGCGUUGUUGUCGGCGGCGGGCGUGUGUAAGGGAUGGAGGGAUACUGCUAGGCUGCUGUGGAGAGCGGCGGAGGAGCUCAGGCUUAAGGUUCCCGCCAAGGCCCAGGUUGGACACGUCAGAUCGUUGUUGCAGAAAUGCCCUGGACUCGUUACACUUUCCCUUAGAAUGGAAAGUGAUAUUGAUGCUACAAUGCUGGCCUGCAUUGCAUUUUCAUGCCCUAACCUGGAGUCCCUGGAGAUAUUUACAUCCCACACCUCAGUAAAUAGUAUCACUGGGGAUGAAUUGAGCCAUUUUCUUGCUGAUAGAAAAUGCCUUACCAAUCUCAAGAUGGAAGGAUGCUCUAACCUUGGAGGUUUCAUUCUUUGUUCAAGCAAGCUAUCUACUAUUUGGCUUUCAGAUCUUCGUUGUCUCUCUAAGAUGGUAUUCAACUGUCCCAGUUUGAAGGAAAUUUCAUUGGAGUUUUCUCGUCAAGAUAAUGACAACACUGAUAUUGCCACCAUGGUCGAUGGUUUUGGAAGAAGCUGCCCAAGACUACAAAACAUUCACAUUGCUUCUGCUCGGCUUUCACAUGCUGUUGUGCUUGCUCUUGCAGCAGCAAAUUUGAGGGGGUUGAGAAUGCUUUCCCUUGUUCUUGGGUCUGAAAUAACUGAUGCAUCUGUUGCAGCUAUUGCUUCAAGCUACCCAAGGCUUGAGUUACUUGAUCUGAGUGGGUCUAGUAUAAGUGACAGUGGCAUUGGAAUGAUAUGCAAUGUUUUUCCUGAGACAAUGUCCAAACUUCUCCUUGCCCUUUGUCCUAAUAUUACAUCAAGUGGUAUUCAAUUUGCUACAGCUCAAUUGCCUCAACUAGAGAUUAUGGACUGUGGAAUGACCAUAUGUGAUCCAAAUUUAGACAGCCCAGAGGAGAAUGGUGACUCUGACAUUCAAAAAAUACCCAACAGCGAGUUACACCGUGCAUAUCAAAAGCUGAUCAUUAAACACAGCCGGUUGAAGAAAUUAAGCUUAUGGGGCUGCUCUGGCUUAGAUGCAUUAUACUUAAAUUGCCCGGAGCUUGUUGAUCUUAACCUAAAUUCUUGUAGAAAUUUGCAACCAGAGAGAUUGUUACUUCAGUGCCCCAAUUUGGAAAAUGUUCAUGCGUUAGGUUGCCAUGGUGUUUUGGUUGAGGGCAUUCAGACCCAGGUAAAUAGCAGUGAAUUUGCAGCUGUAGAGACUCAGUUUCCUUGCAAGCGCCUCCCUGAUGGCUCCAAAAGGAUACAGAUGGUUCCUGGUUUGUUCAACCCACAGCCAUAUGAUGAUCAGAAGAAAAAAAGAAAGCUUUCAAGUCUCAGUUCUGCAGUUAGUGUUAUCUUCUGAAGCAAAUAAUCUUGGCCAAUGCCUGAACUUUCUACUUGUCCCCCAGUAAAUGAUGUUUAUUUAUUAUUAAACUAUAAAUACAUAUUAUUUAAGUGUAGGAAGAUAUUUGGAAUUUUAUUACAUUUUCCUUCUAAACUUUCUUAAUACAAUAUUAUUUUUAGAAGAAAUUAUUUGAAAAUUA